GGGCAAAUAUAGCAGCCAUCUUUUUGUCUUACAAAUUCCAAAACUUAUGAACGCACCACCCGUCAUAUUUCCAAUAUGGCGACGUACGUGGUCGCAACUGCUCCAACGAAAAGCGCUACUAAGUUUGUUUCAACGUCAAUGGUGCGACAUUACAUGACGCAGAUGGUGUGUUUUUUAGUUCCCCAUCGCUUUUCUCAUCGGAGCAGCUUGUAUGAGCAUGUUUGUGAAGGAUAUAGUGACAAGCCGCAGCUGGACAUGAGAGCAGUAUGUGAGGAGACCGACAAAGUCGUCGCGAAUGUGGAGAGCAGAAAGGGCGAGCUGCGGGGGGAAGAUGUCAAGGAAAUUGUGAGUGUAUGGCAGCAACUCCAGGCUGUACGAAGGGAAAUCUCUGAGCUGGAACAACAGAAACAGCAUGUCAGUGGAACAGUCAGAGCUUUAGUGGCAAAACACAGAAAGCAAGCUCUCGCUAAUCUUCCAGAGUACAAUCAGGCACUGCAGAAAGGUCGGGAGGUCCGUAAAAGACUCAACAACCUCUACCCUAGAGAGUCGCAGUUGGAUCAAGAACACUUCAGCCGGGCACUCAGGCUCCCCAACACCACACAUCCUGAUGUUCCUAUUGGAGAUGAGAGCCAAGCCAGGGUAGUGGAGCUGGUUGGCCAAAAACGUGAAUUUGACUUUAAACCCAGAGGCCAUGUCGAACUGGGGGAGCUGUUGGGUGGUCUCAUCAGGCAGAGGCAUCUUGCUCAUGUUUCAGGUCACAGAUCUUACUAUCUGAGGGGCGCAGGUGCCAAACUUCAGACUGCUCUCCAAAACUUUGCGCUCGACACUCUGCAACGCCGUGGUUUCAUUCCAAUGGUUGUACCUGACAUGCUGAAGGGUGCAGUGUUUGAGGGAUGUGGCAUGCAGCCCAACGCCCAUCGUUCUCAGGUGUACUCCCUUGACCCGACUCGUUUCCCAGACUUGAACCUGGCUGGGACUGGAGAAGUUGGAGUGGCAGGUUAUUUCAUGGAUCAUGCGGUUAAUUUUAAGGAUCUACCUGUCAGGACAAUGUGCAGCAGUACAUGUUAUAGAGCAGAAACAGACACAGGAAGAGAGACCUGGGGCCUUUAUAGAGUUCAUCACUUCAAUAAGGUGGAGAUGUUUGGGGUGACGGCAAACGAGACAGGAGAGGAGAGUGCUCAGCUCCUAGAGGAGUUUGUCUCAUUGCAAAAAGAGAUAUUUUCUGCACUGGAGCUACAUUACAGAGUAUUAGACAUGCCAACACAGGAGUUAGGUCUUCCAGCAUAUAGAAAGUAUGAUAUAGAAGCCUGGAUGCCUGGGAGAAACAGUUAUGGAGAGAUUUCUAGUGGUUCAAACUGUACGGACUACCAGAGCCGACGCCUCAAUAUACUGUAUGAGAGAGAGGAUGGCAGCCUGCACUACGCCCACACAGUGAAUGCUACAGCGUGCGCCAUCCCCAGAACAAUCAUUGCUAUCAUGGAGACUCACCAAACUAAGGAAGGAUCAGUGCGUGUCCCCAGAGCUUUGCAACCAUAUAUGCGUCUUGAUGUGAUUGAGAGGCCAAAGUGGACCCCUCCUAAAUACAUUGGUCCUAACCAACCCAGCCGCCAACCCAGGCCUACUCCCACGAUUACGUGACAUCACUGUAGGAAAUAAUAUGUUAGAGAAGUAGUGCAGUUACAGUAAUGAUAACUAGUUCCAGAAUCUCAGUGGCACACAAUUUACCAGUCGUCUUUUCAUUGGGCAUGUUCCUUUUUAGGAUUCAUGUACUGUAUUUUCAAAUUAUACCAGAAUUACAGUAACUCAGUGGGCAACUUGGCAUACACUGCAUUUUUGUGCUUUGCUGAGGUCUCGAACUGGUUAUUGGCUAGUUGCUAUUGUUGAAUUAUGGGACAAAAUGUCUCAGUGACAUUUGAAAGAAUGUACAUACUUAACUCUGCUACCUGUUUGAUCAUGUCACGUAUGCAUGUACAGUAUGUAUGUACUACUAAUCCUGUGACAUAACAGCAACUAUUCUCCAGGACAGUUUUUUAAUGCUUGACAAAUAGGAUUUUUUUUUUUAAUUGUCUGAAUAUUUUUAGUAGUGAAAAGAGUAUUUUGACCAAAAAAUAUCUCCUGGUCGUUGACAUGACAAAGACAGUGGUACUUAUUUAACAUUAAGUCAACUAAUAUCAACGCUGGAUGACUGUGAAAGCCGGUUGCCAUUAUCACGAUGAAUAGCUUGCAUUUACUGCCCAACUUUAUUAUGUCACAAUUGUGGAAAACAUCCACAACAACAAGCAGCCGUCUACAAUCGUUUGAAGCAGUUUGAAAUAAAAAUGUCACAACAAAAUGUCUCUUAAAUAUAUUUAUGCGUGCAAAGGCCGACAGAUGCAUUUAUCUGCAGAGGCCUUUAAAUUAAUUAAUUGCGUUCAAUAUAUUAAUGCAAAUUGGGGUUAGACCAAGACCACUGAUAAUCUCCCUCGAUCUGGGGCUCCAUGCAAGAUCUCACCCCGUGGCGUCAAAAUGAUAACAAGAACGGUGAGCAAAAAUCCCAGAACCACAUGGGGGGGACAUAGUGAAUGACCUACAGAGAGUUGGGAUCACAGUAACAAAGGCUACUAUCAGUAACACAAUGCGCCGCCAGGGACUCAAAUACUGCACUGCCAGACGUGUCCCCCUACUGAAGCCAGUACACGUCCAGGCCCAUCUGCGGUUCGCUAGAGAGCAUUUGGAUGAUCCAGAACAGGACUGGGAGAAUGUGUUAUGGUCAGAUGAAACCAAAAUAGAACUUAAUGGUAGAAACACAGGUUCUCGUGUUCGGAGGAGAAAACUACUGAAUUGCAUCCGAAGAACACCAUACCCACUGUGAAGCAUGGGGAUGGAAACAUCAUGCUUUGGGGCUGUUUUUCUGCAAAGGGACCAGGAUGACUGAGGUGUGUUUUGGGGCAUUGUCAUGUUGCAGGGUCCAGGUUCGCAUCAGCUUUAAUUUUUUCACAGAUAAACUCAUAUGCUCCUCAAGCACCCUCUGAUACACGAUAGAAUUCAUGGUGGAUUCUAUGAUGGUGAGCUGGCCAGGUCUGCUGCAGCGAAGCAAACACUUCCACGCUUCACAUUUGGUAUGAGGUUCUUUUCUUGGAAUGCUGUGUUGGGUUUGCGCCAAACAUGUUCUCUGUUCUGGUGGCCAAAUAAUUCAAUUUUAGAUUCUUCGCUACAUGGAACAUUAUUCCAAAAGUCCUGGUCGUUGUCUACAUUCACUGUGGCAAACUUAAGUCUGGUCUUUAUGUUCUUCUUGGAGAGCAAAGGUUUCCUCCUUGCAUACCUCCCGUGAAGGUUAAACCUGUCAACUCUUUCCGAUUGUAGAGGCAUGCACUUUCACAUCAACAGUAGCAAGAGCCUGCUGUAGGUCCCGUGAUGACAUUUUAGGGCAGGGAUGUCAAACCACUUCCACAAAGGGCCAAGAGGGUCCUGGAUUUCGUUCCAACCAAUGAAGAGGUCAUGUUUUCACCAAUCGGAUCACCUACAAGUGUAAUCAGUAGAUUGCAGUCAGGUGCUGGGUGUUUCAGCAGAAAAUUCAUUGGUUAAUCUGUUUGCGCAGUCUUGGUUGAAAUGAAACUUAGGACCCUCUUGUCCCUUUGUGGAAUUGGUUUGACACCCCUGUUUUAGGGGUUUUGGAGACUUCUAGCAUCUUGCGGCCUGCUCUCGGGGUGAACUUGCUUGGACGGCCAGACAUGGGCAUGUUGGCAGUUUUGAGUGCCCUCCACUUUUAGACUAUUUUCCAGAAUGUGGAAGUGGAAUGGAUGAUUUUAUAUUCUUUUGAGAUCUUUUCAAAUCCCUUACCAGACUCAUAAGUGUCUACAAGCUUCUUUCUGAAGGCCUCAGACAGCUCUUUUUAUCUAACCAUGGUGUUUUCUCUCACUUCAACAGUCAUGUGCACACCAAACUAAAUGUGAGGUUUAGAUAAGGCAAGCCUUCUUCAAAACGCUGGGUAAUGAUGUUUUAAUCAUGUGCACCUGAUGUGAUACACCCA